CAGCUUUUGAGGUGGCGAAAGCACAGGCCUCAUCUCAACCAAACAGGAAGGGGGAUAUAUAUGAGUGAGAGAAGCGGGUUUUUUCUUAAUUAGCUAAGCAAAUCAAGCGUUAGGGCAGAUCCAACAUUUACAAAAAGGAGCAAGAGACCGAGGGAGGUAUCAAGAAUCAGCGCCGAAGAAUCUGUUCUGUUUUCCGACAGUUUUCGUAAUAUUCCGACAUGGGUUUGUCGGAUUUGGUGAAACCCUCGGAUUGGGAUCAGGAAUCUUAUCCAGAUUCCACCGAUUUCCGGGUCCUCCCUUUCCUCGCCGUCUUCUUCUUUCUCCUCCGAUUUAUCCUCGACAGAUUCUUUUUCGAGAGACUGGCCGCUCGUCUGAUAACUCGACAAGCUCACCAUAAACUCGACCAGAGACGUAAGAAAAUCGUGAAAUUCAAAGAGUCGGCUUGGAAAUUUCUGUACACUUUCUCUGCGGAGAUUUUGGCUCUUUACGUCACUUGCACAGAGCCGUGGUUCACAGACACAAGGCACUUCUGGUUAGGACCGGAGGACCAAGUCUGGCCUGACCUCAAACUGAAGUUGAAACUGAAGGUCAUGUAUACAUUUGCCGGUGGAUUCUAUGUGUAUUCUUUCUUUGCUCUGUUCUUAUGGGAAACAAGGCGUUCUGAUUUCAAAGUCAUGUUGGCUCAUCACAUCACGACUCUUCUUCUCCUUGUCUUGUCAUACACUUUCAGAUUUGCACGUAUAGGUUCAGUAAUAAUGGCCAUUCACGACGUAAGCGAUGUGUUUCUCGAGACAGCGAAGAUGUCUAAAUACAGCGGGGCGGAAGCCAUAGCGAGCUUCUGUUUCAUUAUCUUCGCAUUGUCGUGGACCGGUCUUCGCCUCGUCUACUUCCCUUCCUGGGUCCUAUGGAGCACAAGCUAUGAAGUUAUCUCAAUAUUGGAUGGUAAGAAGGAGAAGAAGGAACUGCAGAUAUAUUAUUACGUAUUCAACACACUGCUCUAUUGCUUGUUGGUUCUUCAUAUAUAUUGGUGGGUUUUGAUCUGCCGUAUGGUAUUCAGACAAAUCCGUGGCAAUGGCAGACUCACCGAUGAUGUUCGUUCUGAUUCUGAAGGUGAAGAUCAUGAACAUGAAGACUGAUAUAAUAUUGUGGAAUAAAGGGUAUGUACUUAUGUACGUACGUUCGUAUGUAUGUAUACUACAAAAAAAAAGGCUAAAUUCCUUCGGAUUUUUCCAACGGACAGAUCCCUUGGAAAAAUUCC